AUGGUUAACUCCACCAGCCGGAGUAGCCCUUUGUUCCGCUGCGUAAUACAUUACCUCUACCUCGUCACCGCAACGGUUUUUAGUGGAACAACUUCCCUUUAUGGUGGAAACAGCGAGCACACAAUCCAGGGGGAGAUAAAGACUCAGGCACAUGAAAGAGUCAGUUGGCAAUACAAACGGCUGAGGAACCCCUCCUCCGCAGCCGUGUUUCUCAAGUGGUGGUCUGAGGACGAGGGUCAGGAGCACCUGGGAAGCUUGUUAAAAUGCACUGUUGCAGAGCCCGCCCCACCCCAGCAUCCUGCCUCACUCACCUGCAGCUGGUUUCUCUGGUUGAUUUUAGGCGGAAAACUCUCUGUGGUCCUGCAAGCUGAAGCAGUCUCGGAGCUCCUGCUGGAACCGUCCACGUGUGCUCUUGCCAAGGGCACCGUCGAUUUCCUCUCUCUUGAUUUGUUUUAUGAAUGCCAAAGUGAGGCAAGUUUGCCACAGAAGUUGAGUAAAUUGCAGACUGUUGAGCCAAAAGUAAAAAUUUUCAUCUUCAAUCUAAGAUUCCAGGACUGCCCCUCCACCAGGAAGAAGUCAGCCAGACUGCUCUUCAGCCUUCUCGAGGCCAUAAAUAAAAGCCAAGUGAUCACCAUUGGGUUUGAUCUCAAUACUUUCCUGAGCUGUUCAAGUUCCAAGAAAAGCGGGCCCUGCUCUCGGACAGACAGCGCGCCCCUCCAGACCGCCGCGCAGCCUGCCCUAGGGACGGCAGUAGGUUCCUCCUCGCCGCGGGGCUCCGCCUACCGGAGAGUCUGGGGAAUAUUUGCCAACCAAUCCACGGCCGAAAGGGACGCUUUCCUGCGGGAGGAUUUCCCCGAAGGCUUCCUCUGGGGCGUCUCCACGGGAGCCUUUAACGUGGAAGGAGGCUGGGCCGAGGGCGGAAGAGGGCCGAGCGUCUGGGACCACCUGGGUCGCCGGCACGCCUCCGAGGGCGCAGCAACACCGGAGGUGGCCAGUGACAGCUACCACAAGGUGGACACCGAUGUGGCCCUGCUUCGCGGCCUCCAAGCUCACGUCUACAAGUUCUCCAUCUCCUGGUCCCGCAUCUUCCCCACGGGGCUCGGGCCCGGACCCAGCCGCCAGGGCGUCGCCUACUACAGCAGGCUCAUCGACAGCCUGCUGGACGCGCGCAUCCAGCCCAUGGCCACGCUCUUCCACUGGGACCUGCCCCAGGCCCUGCAGGAGCGCGGCGGGUGGCAGGACGAUAGUGUGGUGGACGCCUUCCUGGACUACGCGGCUUUUUGCUUCGCCACCUUCGGGGACCGCGUGAAGCUGUGGGUGACCUUCCAUGAGCCGUGGGUGAUGAGCUACGCGGGCUACGGCACUGGCCGACACGCACCGGGAAUCUCCGACCCGGGCGUGGCUUCUUUCAAGGUGGCUCACUUGGUCCUCAAGGCUCAUGCCAGAGUUUGGCACCACUAUAAUAGCUACUAUCGUCCACAGCAGCAGGGACGUGUGGGCAUUGUGUUGAACUCAGACUGGGCAGAACCUCUGUCCCCAAAGAGGCCUGAGGACCUGAGUGCCUCUGAACGCUUCUUGCACUUCAUGCUGGGCUGGUUUGCACACCCCAUCUUUGUGGAUGGAGACUACCCUGCUGCCCUGAAGGCCCAAAUCCAACAGAUGAACCAACAGUGCCCCAGUCUUGUGGUCCAGCUCCCUGAGUUCACCAAGGCAGAGAAGCAACUCCUGAAAGGCUCUGCUGAUUUUCUGGGUCUGUCUCAUUACACUUCUCGCCUUAUCAGCACGGCCCAACAAGAUUCCUGCAUCCCUAGCUAUGACACCAUUGGAGGCUUUUCCCAGCAUGUGGACCCUGCAUGGCCCCAGACCUCAUCCCCUUGGAUUUAUGUGGUGCCCUGGGGUAUAAGGAGGCUAUUGCAGUUUGUAUCUUUGGAAUACACAAGAGGAAAAGUUCCGAUCUACCUGGCUGGGAAUGGCAUGCCCAUAGGGGAGACUGAAGAUCUCCUUGAGGAUUCCUUGAGAGUAGACUACUUCAAUAAAUAUAUCAAUGAGGUGCUCAAAGCUAUCAAGGAGGACUUAGUGGAUGUUCGAUCUUACAUCGCUCGUGCCCUCAUGGAUGGCUUUGAAGGCCCCUUUGGUUACAGCCAGAGGUUUGGACUGUAUCAUGUCAACUUCAAUGACAGCAGCAAGCCAAGGACUCCCAGGAAAUCUGCCUACUUUUUCACCAGCAUCAUUGAAAAGAACGGUUUCCUCCCCAAGGCAGUAAAGAGACUGCCACCACCCAGUUUAGCAAACUUCCCACGUAAAAUCAGAGCCUUCACUUUUCCAUCUGAUGUGCCCUCCAAAGCUAAAGUAGUUUGGGAAAAGUUCUCCAACCAACCCAAGUUUGAAAGAGAUUUGUUCUACCAUGGUACUUUCAGAGAGGACUUUUUCUGGGGCGUGUCCUCAUCAGCCUAUCAGAUUGAAGGAGCUUGGAAUGCUGAUGGCAAAGGCCCCAGCAUCUGGGAUAACUUCACCCACACACCAGGGAGCAAUGUGAAAGGCAAUGCCACUGGAGACAUCGCCUGUGACAGCUAUAACCAACUGGAUGCCGAUCUGAAUAUGCUUCGAGCUUUGAAGGUGAAGGCCUAUCGCUUCUCUAUCUCCUGGUCUCGGAUUUUCCCAACAGGGAGAAACAGUUCUAUCAACAGACACGGUGUUGAUUAUUACAACAGGCUGAUCAAUGGCUUGGUGGCAAGCAACAUCUCUCCCAUGGUGACACUGUUCCACUGGGACCUGCCCCAGGCCCUCCAGGAUAUUGGAGGCUGGGAAAAUCCUUCCUUGAUUGAGUUGUUUAACAGCUAUGCAGACUUUUGUUUCCAGACCUUUGGGGACAGAGUCAAGUUCUGGAUGACCUUUAAUGAGCCCACAUACCAGGCAUGGUUGGGUUAUGGCUCAGGGGAUUUUCCUCCAAAGGUGAAAGACCCAGGCUGGGGACCUUACAGAAUUGGCCAUGCAAUCAUCAAAGCUCAUGCCAGAGUAUAUCACACUUACGAUGAGAAAUACAGGCAGGAACAGAAGGGGGUCAUCUCUUUGAGCCUCAGUGCACACUGGGCAGAGCCCAAGUCCCCUGAGAUCCCGAGGGAUGUGGAGGCAGCUGACCGAGUGCUGCAGUUCUCACUGGGCUGGUUUGCCCACCCCAUUUUCCGAAACGGAGACUAUCCCGAUGCCAUGAAGUGGAAAGUGGGGAACAGGAGUGAGCUUCAACACUUAGCCACCUCCCGCCUGCCAAGCUUCACUGAGGAAGAGAAGAGGUACAUCAGGGCCACAGCUGACGUGUUCUGCCUCAACACCUACUCCUCCAGAAUUGUGCAGCACAAAACACCCAGGUUAAACCCACCCUCCUAUGAAGAUGACCAGGAGGCAACCAAGGAGGAGGACCCUUCAUGGCCUUCCACAGCAAUAAACAGAGCUGCACCCUGGGGGACACGAAGACUGCUCAACUGGAUCAAGGAAGAGUAUGGUGACAUACCCAUUUACAUCACUGAAAAUGGAGUGGGGCUGACAAAUUCAAAAGUGGAAGAUACUGAUAGGAUAUUUUACCACAAAACCUACAUCAAUGAAGCUUUGAAAGCCUACCGACUUGAUGGUGUAGACCUUCGAGGGUAUUCUGCAUGGUCUCUGAUGGACAACUUUGAGUGGCUGAAUGGCUACACAGUCAAGUUUGGACUGUACCAUGUUGAUUUCAAUAACACGAACAGGCCUCGCACAGCAAGAGCCUCUGCCAGGUACUACACAGAGGUCAUCACCAACAACGGCAUGCCGCUGUCCAGGGAAGACGAGUUUGUCUAUGGACAGUUUCCCGAGGGCUUCAUCUGGAGUGCAGCUUCCGCCGCAUAUCAGAUCGAAGGUGCAUGGAGAGCAGAUGGCAAAGGACUCAGUAUUUGGGACACAUUUUCUCACACACCGCUGAAGGUUGGAAAUGAUGACACCGGAGAUGUGGCCUGUGACAGUUAUCACAAGAUUGCUGAGGACGUGGUUGCCCUGCAGAACUUGGCUGUCUCCCACUAUCGCUUCUCCAUCUCCUGGUCUCGUAUCCUCCCGGAUGGAACCACAAAAUAUAUCAAUGAAGCAGGCCUCAACUACUACGUGCGGCUCAUUGACGCGCUGCUGGCUGCCAACAUCAAGCCCCAGGUGACCAUUUACCACUGGGACCUGCCCCAGGCACUCCAGGACGUUGGAGGCUGGGAGAAUGACACCAUUGUGCAGCGGUUUAAAGAGUAUGCAGACGUGCUCUUCCAGAGGCUGGGAGACAAGGUGAAGUUUUGGAUCACUCUGAAUGAGCCCUUUGUCAUCGCUAACCAGGGCUAUGGCUACGGGACAUCAGCUCCAGGAAUCUCCUUUAGGCCUGGCACUGCCCCCUACGUUGUUGGCCACAACCUAAUAAAGGCUCAUGCUGAGGCCUGGCAUCUGUACAAUGAUGUGUACCGUGCCAGUCAAGGUGGUGUGAUUUCCAUUACCAUCAACAGUGACUGGGCUGAGCCCAGAGACCCUUCCAACCAGGAGGAUGUGGAGGCAGCCAGGAGAUACGUUCAGUUCAUGGGAGGCUGGUUUGCACAUCCUAUUUUCAAGAAUGGCGAUUACAACGAGGUGAUGAAGACACGGAUCCGUGACAGGAGCUUGGCCGCAGGCCUCAGCAAGUCUCGGCUCCCAGAGUUCACGGAAAGUGAGAAGAGGAAGAUCAAUGGCACUUAUGACUUUUUUGGAUUCAAUCACUACACCACUGUCCUGGCCUACAACCUUGACUAUGCCUCUUGGAUCUCUUCCUUUGAUGCAGACAGAGGAGUUGCCUCCAUCACAGAUCGUUCUUGGCCAGACUCUGGCUCCUUCUGGUUGAAGGUGACACCUUUUGGCUUUAGGAAGAUACUGAACUGGAUAAAGGAGGAGUACAACAACCCCCUAAUUUACGUAACAGAGAAUGGAGUGUCUCAACGUGGAGAAACUGACCUCAACGACACUCUAAGGAUCUCCUACCUCCGCAGUUACAUCAAUGAGGCGCUCAAAGCAACUGUGCAGGAUAAGGUGGACCUUCGAGGAUACACGGUUUGGAGUGUGAUGGACAAUUUUGAGUGGGCCACAGGCUUCGCAGAGAGGUUUGGUCUGCAUUUUGUGAACUACACGGACCCUUCUCUGCCAAGGAUCCCAAAAGCAUCAGCCAAGCUCUUCGCCUCUAUAGUCCGGUGCAACGGCUUCCCUAACCCUGCAGCGGGGCCACACCCUUGUCUCCAGCCAGAAGAUGCUGGACCUACCGUCAGCCCCAUGCAGGAGGAGGAAGUUCAGUUCCUGGGGUUAACACUAGGUGUGACGGAAGCCCAAACAGCUUUGUAUGUACUCUUUUCUCUUGUGAUUCUUGGCGUCUGCUGUGUGACAUUUCUGUCAUACAAGUACUGUAAGCGCUCCAAGCAAGGGAAAACACAACCAGGCCAACAGGAAUUGAACACUCUUUCUGCAUUCUGACCCAUGAGUUCCCACCUACUCCAGUUCUGCAAAACAAAUCUAGUUUGUAUGCCUUC